AUGGCACAAAUCAAAGGAAAAGCUAAACGUAAAAUCACUUUAUCUUGGAUUUGGAUGAUCAAAUGCAUUUGGUUAUUAACUUUGGCAUUUAUUAUUGUUCAAAGCCAAUGGCUAUUAAGUUUAACACCAUUUAAAAAUCUUUCUUUAAUGAGCAUUGGAAGUAAUUCUAGAACGGUUAGUUCAGGAAAUUCGAAAACCUUCGAUAAAAUUUGUCAAUGGUACUUUUUAAAUUAUACACCAAGUUCAUGGGAAAACUUUUGGUUUACGAAUAUUGAAGAAUUUCAAAAUCAUGUUUGUGAAAGACUAACAGAUGAAAAAAAUCUAAAUAAAACAGCAUUAAUCGUUGAACGAUUGAUGGAAUUACAAAAACUUGGAAGAAAUCGUACCCGAAGCGAUAAACAACAGGCUGAUGAGCUUCUAUCAAAAAUGUUUUAUCGACAAGAAUGUGUCAAUCCACUAACAAAAAUAUCGUUCCAACAAGCAGAAGUAUCGCAAGUAAUUGAACCACUCAUUGGUUUACUAAGAGAUCCUUUAACGAUGUGUAAUCGCACUAGUUCAUUACCUACAUUUCUUUAUGAAGGAGCAGAAAUUGAGUCAAAACGAUUUAUCUUAUUAUCAGUUGCAGCUCCAUUCUAUAUUCAUUUAUUACCACAAAACCAUAAAGACAUUUUACAAAUCAAUAUUCAGUCAAAUCAACGCAAUAUGAAUUUACUUCCUUGGAUGUAUCAAAGAUCGAAAUUGAAUUUGUUAGACAUGAAAUUCGACCUAGAUACGAGAAAUGGACAAAAUAUUUUGAUUGAUUUGGGAAGUUCUUAUUUUCAAGACAGAGUUAAUGAUACUAGUGCCUCUUCAGGACGCUGGUUCUAUGAAAAUUACAAACGUUUUGGUGUUAAAUUCGAUCGUAUUAUCGCUUAUGAGCAUGCUCCAUUAGAUCCCAAAAGAGCUUGGGAACAACUGCCUGAUGAUGUUGUCCCAGCUUAUACUCUGAUUAAUGUUGGUUGUACAGCAAGUGGAAAAUUCAAUCCUUGGGUAUUGCUGAAAACAAUUGCUAAACCAUAUGACCAUGUUGUUAUCAAACUAGAUAUUGAUACUCCGGCAAUUGAGUUUCCUCUCAUAAAUCAACUCUUAAAUGAUUCAACUAUUUAUUCUUUAGUAGACGAACUAUUAUUUGAGCAUCACGUUGCUGUGAAAGAAAUGCAACGACAUUGGGAAAAUCCGUCGGAAACGUUAAGAGACUCAUAUGUUUUGUUUAGGAAACUGCGGCAACUUGGAAUACGCAUGCACUCAUGGCCAUGA